AUGUUGAAUGAAGAGCUCAUGGAACUUGGACACAAGGUCAUCAAACCAAUCGACACAGCUUCCUUUAGUGUUUCGAUGAACGGGACAGAGGCGCGUCUAUAUAUCACAUGGAAUGAAGAGCAGACCUUUUAUGCCCAAAAGGUUCGAACCUUUGCCCUUCAAGAGGCGGAUCAUUUGUUGGAGUUUCGCAAGUGCGUUCUCAACAUUAUGGAUUACGGUAGAAAUGAACGUCUUGAGAGCAUCAGAUCCGGACUUGACUUUUUACCCGAGGAGGGAUUGGAGAUAUCAGGACUUGACCUCGUGUCCGAGGAGGCAUUGGAGAGCAUCAAGUGUGGACUUGAUCUUUUAUCUGACGAGGAAUUGGAGGCCCAGGGAAUAAACGUUCGACGGCUACGAAGUCGAAACGUAGUGAGGCCUUGA